AUGCUGGAAACUCUCUCUCUCUCCAAUGCAUCGGUUUCCUUACUUUCAGGCGGCCGGAGAAUCACAUCGCCCGAGUUUCAAGGCCUCCAGCUAUCUUCAAAUUCAUUCCAAUCACCAAGUCUAAGCUCAAAAUCCUCUUGCCUCCGAGCUCGAAUCGUCUGCGACGCGGCUCAACAAAUAUCCCUUGAUGAAGGGCAAAACAGAGGAGUGAGCAGGAGUUUUGGGAGACUGAAAGCAAAGAGAGUAAGAGAUCUUGUCAGAGAAAGUCAUAAAAAAAAGAAACAAGACAGUAACCUGGAAAAUGAUGAACAGAAAGCAAAAAUUACUCCACCAGACCUUCCCAUUGUGUCGCGCGACGAGCCCAAUUUGUUGGAUGAGCUGGUGGUCGUCCGUCAUCAGAAAGAUGCUUCGAAAAAUAUCCACUCUCGUAUUCCAUCUGCCAGACAAUAUGUUUCUUCAAUAGCUUCUGCUGCGUCCUCAAAAGGAUGGGGUCAUGUAGAGCCAAGUGAUGGCUAUGGGUAUAAGGUAGAUGAUAUCUCAAAAAAGUUGAAGAAAUUGAAUAUGAAGAGUGACUUUUUUAGCAGAAAGUCAUUUGAGGAACUGGGGUGUAGUGACUACAUUAUUGAAUCAUUGAGGAAUCAAAAUUAUAUACGUCCUUCACAUAUUCAGGCUAUGUCAUUUACACCGGUUAUUCGGGGAAAGAGUUGCAUUAUAGCUGAUCAAAGUGGAUCUGGGAAAACUUUGUCAUAUCUGUUACCACUAGUUCAGCGUCUUAGACAAGAUGAACUUGAAGGACUUGGACAACCAGUAUCGCAAAGUCCUCGAGUUGUUAUAUUGGUCCCGACUGCUGAGUUGGCUUCCCAGGUUUUAAGUAAUUGUCGAUCGUUGUCAAAAGUUGGCGUCCCUUUCCGGUCAAUGGUUGCCACAGGUGGUUUUCGGCAGAGAACACAGUUGGAGAAUCUUAAACAGGAAUUAGAUGUUCUGAUAGCUACUCCGGGUCGAUUCAUGUUUCUAGUUAAAGAAGGAUUCUUGCAGUUGACGAAUCUUAAAUGUGCCGUACUGGACGAGGUUGAUAUACUGUUUAAUGAUGAGGAUUUUGAGCUUGCAUUACAAAGUUUGGUAAACUCUGCACCUGUUACGAUGCAAUAUCUAUUUGUGACCGCAACAUUACCAGUAGAGAUAUAUAACAAGCUAGUUGAAACUUUCCCUGAUUGUGAGGUUAUAAUGGGUCCUGGAAUGCAUCGUACAAGCACUGGACUAGAGGAGAUCCUCAUAGAUUGCAGUGGAGAUGACAAUUCAGAAAAAACUCCUGAUACUGCAUUUCUCAACAAGAAAAAUGCUCUUUUGCGUCUUGUAGAGGAAAGUCCAGUGACAAAAACAAUUGUUUUCUGUAACAAGAUAGAAACAUGCAGGAAAGUCGAAAAUGCAUUAAAACGAUUUGAUAGAAAAGGAAUUUGUACACGAGUUCUACCAUUCCAUUCUGCUUUAGAACAAGAAUCAAGGCUUACAAACAUAAAGGAAUUCCAUAGCUUUCCAGCCAAGAACAUUUCUAUGUUUUUAGUGUGUACUGAUAGAGCAUCUAGAGGAAUAGACUUCGCUGGUGUGGAUCAUGUAGUGCUCUUUGAUUUUCCUCGGGACCCAAGUGAAUAUGUACGUCGAGUUGGAAGAACUGCCAGAGGUGCUGAAGGUAAGGGCAAGGCAUUUAUAUUUGUUGUUGGUAAGCAAGUUUCUCUUGCAAGGAGGAUUAUUGAAAGAAACAGAAAAGGCCACCCUUUGCAUGAUGUCCCGUCUACCUACGAAAUGAUGAGUUAG